AUGGCUACUCUGAGUGUUAUAGGUUCAAGCUCACUUGUUGCCUAUGCUGUAUUCCAGAACAUACAGAAGUCUCCAGAGAGAAGACCACUUUUUUACCUGAGCUUCUCUGACCUCCUUUUGGGGAUAUACUGGCUCACUGAGGCACUUCUCUAUGGUACUUCAACAGCCAAUAAGGACAUUGUCUGCUAUAACCUGCAAGUAGUUGGACAGGUAUUGUACAUCUCCUCAUUUUUCUACACCAUCAAUUAUAUCUGGUAUCUGUACAAAGAACUGAGGAUGAAACCUAGCCAGAGUGCACAGAGGACAUUUUCACUGGUUAUAGAUUAUACCUGCCGAAUUAGUCAAAUAGCCAUCAUUUUGUCCAGUCUGAUACCUCUACUGUUGAUGGUACCUGUAUUCUGUUUGGGCAACGUCAGUGAAUGUUUCCGCAACUUCAGCCAGAGCCACAGGUGUAUCCUGAUGUACUCACCACCACCAGCCAUGGCUGAGCUCCUGCCUUCUGCCAACACAUCAGUCUGUAGCACACUUUAUUUUUAUGGGCUCAUCAUUUUCCUGGCCAGCUUUGUACUCAGCUUCUUCACCAUUGUGGUUUUACUCAUUCAAGCCCAGACACUCUACAAGAAGUUUCUGAAAUCGACUGGCUUUCUGGGGAGUGAACAGUGGGCAGUGAUUCACAUCUUGGAGCAGCGAGUACGUUUCUACCCAGUGGCCUUCUUUUGCUGCUGGAGCCCAGCUGUCAUUCUGAUGAUCAUAAAGCUGACAAAACUACAGGACACCAGACUUCAUAUGGCCCUCUAUGUUCUCCAGGCUCUAACAACAUCAUCUCUGGGUCUGCUCAACUGUGGAGUAUAUGGCUGGACACAGUACAAGUUCUACCAACUAAAGCAAGAGGCUCGGCGUGAUGCAGACACCCAGACACCAUUAUUAUGCUCACAGAAAAGAUUCUAUUGCAGGGGCCUGGAUCCGUUGGAGUCAACUCUUGCUUUUGCUACUAGCACCUCUACCAUUCUUUGA